UGGUUCAAGAACUUUUACUUUGGGUAUGUUGUUUUCAAGCUCAUGCAUAAAAAGAGGCCAGAUGUUAAGGUUAGCAGAUUGACAGGGUAAACAGGUUGUUUUAGAUGCAACCAUGCAUUACUGAAAACAUACAUACAAUUGUGUUACCUCCUGUGUUUCAAAAGAUUAAAAUUGUUCAGAUUUUUAGAUAACAUGUGGCUGGGAGGGACUAAUAUGCCAGGCUGUUAACAUAUGUCUAUGUGUUGCUGAUUAUAACUCACUUUUACUCAAGGAGACAUCAUUUACAGACAGGUGUGCACGAAUAUUAACUUGGUACCAAAUUUCUCUCAACAUGUUAUUCUCUUAAUGCAUCAUGUACAUAUGUUUUUUGAAAAGCAAGAUUAAGAUUUAUUUUGUUGUAAGUAGAUUACAGAAGCAUUGUGAAGGUUUUCUGUGCAAUUGACAAAUUCAUUCAGAAGCCGUUAUGGAUUCCAGAAAUCCCAAACCAUCACCAACCAAUCGCUUUUAUAUUCGUGAGGGAAAUCCAAAGAGAUACCGUUUAAAUACUGAGAGAAAAGAUCUUGAUGAGAAAGGCAAAAUCAGAAAAUGGAUAUAUGGCAUAAGAGAUGCCAGUAAACAAAACAAAGUUAUACUUCUGGUGGGAGAGACUGGCACAGGCAAGACCACUCUCAUAAACACCAUGGUCAACUUCUUACUGGAAAUUAAAUUUGAUGACAACAUUUGGUAUGAAAUCACAGAAGAAGAGGCCAAGGACCAAUCAGAAUCUCAAACAUCUGAAAUCACUAUUUAUGAGGUCUUUUCCAUGAAGAGUCCACAAUCCCUCACCAUUAUCGAUACUCCAGGAUAUGGAGACACCAGGGGAUUGGAAAAAGAUAUAGAAGUUGCUGAAAAUUUAUCCACUUUGUUUCAUAGCAAAGAUGGAGUGAAUGAGAUUGAUGCCGUCUGUUUUGUAAUUAAAGCUUCAAAUAACCGCCUCUCAGACAGACAGCACUACGUAAUCAGUUCAAUUCUGUCUCUGUUCGGAAAAGACAUAGUGAACAAUAUUUUGUUUUUCAUCACACACUCUGAUGGUUUGCCUCCUCAAAAUGUCCUCAAUGCGAUUAAUAAAACUAAAAUCCCAUGCAAAAGAGACAGCAGUGGCCAACCUGUUCAUUACUUAUUCAACAACCGUGCAGCUGAGGAACGUCAAACUGAGAUGCGUUACAUUAACGUGCAAAGAGGUGCAUGGGAUGUCAGCAUGGAAAGCAUGAAGACAUUUUUUGAGUCACUAGAAGAAAAGAACAGGAAAAGUUUAGAGAUGACUUCAGAUGUACUAAGUGAGCGCAUUCAGCUUGAAGCCUCCAUCUCUAACUUAAAGAUGCAAAUUCAAGAGAAGGAGCUGAAAAAGGCAGAAAAAAAUCAGAUUCAAGAUGCAAUCAGACAAAACAAGGAAAAGAUUGACAAGUGCAAAAACUUUUCCAUAAAAAUCAACAAAGUUCGCAAGGGGAAGGUUCCUAUUGAGAAUGCAUCUUGGAAGCACAGAAAGGCAACCACCUGCACUGUCUGUGAAGAAAACUGCCAUGAAUAUGACUGCUGGUGGGUUUCUAAUCCAAGUAAAUGUGAAGUCAUGAAAAAUGGUUUCUGCACUGUGUGCACAGGGAAGUGCCACCACAGUAAACAUGUCAAAGAAAACAAGAAAUAUAUGAUCAUAAAUGCAAGCAUUACAAUGGAAUAUGAAGAUAUUAAAAGAGAGUAUGAAAAAGCACAAGAGCAGUCAAAGAUGUUUUCAUUUUUAAUGGAAUGUCUUGACAAAGAUCUGAAAGAGAUUGAGGCACAAAAGGCGAAUCUGCUACGUGAUGCCUUCAUGGCCAUCAGUCAUCUGUCUAAGAUUGCACUGAAACCAGACUCUGCUUUCACUCUUCAGCAUCUUGACUUCUUCAUCCCCAGAGUGAAGGAGGCUGGUAAAGAUAACUGGGUCAGGGAACUGGAGGAUCUGAGGAAAGUUGCCAUAGCUGAGGAAGCAAAUAAAGAUGCUCUUAGUUAUCUCAGAGCAGGUCUGUCAAAACUGGGACAUUUUUUCACUGGUAAAUGAUUGAAUGUAGGGAAUUUACUUGGUAUAGAUGUGAAAUAAUUAUUAUGUAGAAGAAUUAACAAGAAAAAUUUAAACACAGGUGUAUACUGUACAUCUAACAAUGAUUAAAAUCUUUAACCCUAGAAUGCAUAUGCAAUUUACUCCCAUAAAAUGCAUAUGUGGGUGGGAAAAGACAAUGUAUUUGUAUUUAUACUUCUUUAUAAACUGCUUGUAUUUUUGUUUGUUUGUUUGUUUCAAGGAAAAUUAACUGUAAUGAUAAUUUAAUUAAUAAAUUAUAUUAGAUGGUUGAUAUAAAUAAUAUUUUAUUCUAAGGAGUUUUACACACAUUGAAAAUAAAUUAGGACUUUUGGGCGACAGUAUAAAUAAGGCUGUACAACAGUAAAAUAUGCAAUUCAUGUUUGGUGGUAUAAAAUGUCUCAACAACUCUAACCACACAUAUGAAUUUUAGUUAUAAACUUGUAAAUUGACAACAUUAUGUAUUCUAUACUGCUAAGACUCUAUAUUGAUAUAUUCAUAUAUGUAGCUAUAUUUAGUGUAGGCACCUAUUGUGUUUGUUAGUGUUCUUUUUAUUAUUAUUAUUGUUCUGUAUAUUUUUCCUAUGGCAGCCCAUAGAACCGUUCGAGGGAAAGUUAUGAAAUUUUGCACACAGAUAGAGAACAGUCUGAAGUGCUACCAUAGCAAAUUUGGAGUUUUUAUUUCAAACCCUCUAGCGCCACCAACAAUUUAAAGUUUCACUCAUGUUUAUUCUAAUAACUUUUGAACCGUAAGUCCUAGAGACAAAAUUCUUUUUUUCCCUCUGAUUCCUGAGCUCAUGCUGAGCCAAAAGCAUAGCCUGGUUUCAAUUUCCGCCUAUCUUGAUUUUCCGGCAUUUAGAAUUUUCAGAAAAACCAACUUUUUCGUACUUAUCCUAGGCCAUAAGUCUUAGGCGUUUCAACAAAUUCAACGAAGAACGUGCAAUGCUUUGACGGAUUGUGACGAAACUUGGUAUGUGCCAUAGCCAACAUGCCCUAAGGUGACCUGCAGCGUUCCGGCGCAGUGCCCCCUACGGGUCAGGAGAUAUAAAAAAAAUGGCUAUUUUUGCUUAUAACUUCUUAACAGUUUGUCCUAAAAUCAUGAAACUGGACUUUUUAGAUUCUGUGGGGCAUACCAUGUCGAUUGAUACCAAUGUUGCCUAUGUUGGCCAUUUUGGGCAUCUGCUAUUUUGAAUUUUGUUGUAAAAUGCUGUAUUUUACAAUGCAUUGGUGUAUCAUUACGAAACUCGGUAUGUAUCAUCGGCACGAUGCCCUGAAGGUGCUCAACAAGUUUCAGGACAGUACCUCCUUGUGGUCAAAAAAUAUAACGAAAUAUUUAAAAAUGCUAAUAACUUUUGAUAAUUUUAGCCUAUUGUUAUGACUCUGGUCUUGAUAGAUUUCUUGGGUCAAUCCAAGUUUAACGAUACCACAUUUGUCACGGUCGGCCAAACUUCCUGUCGGCAAUUAUUAAUUUAAUUAAAAACCUACUUUUUCGAACUCCUCCUAGACAGUUGUUCCGAUUUUCACCAAAUUUGGCUGAGAUCAUCUUUAGACCAUGCCAAUGAAUAGAUUUGAAAGAUUUUUGAAAGACCAAACCAUUCUCGAAUAAUUUGUGAAGAAAUUUGACGAGGAACACUGCAAAAUCAAUUGUAAGCCUAUAUCUCCGCAAUGCUUUAGCGCAUUCAGACCAAACUUGGUGUGUGUUAUGACAACCAUGACCUGAGGAUCCUUGAGCAGUUUUGGCACAGCACCACCUACUGGUUACGAGAUACAAAAAUGAAAUUGCUAUUUUUACUUAUCACUUCUGAACGGUUUGUCCUAAAAUCACGAAACUGGACUCUUUAGAUUCUGUGGGGCAUACCGUAUCGAAUGAUACCAAUUUUGCCUAUGUCUGCCAUUUUGGGUGUUGGCCAUUUUUAAUUUUGUUGUAAAAUGCUGUAUUUUACAAACGCUUUGGUGUAUAAUUAUGAAACUCUUUAUGUGUUAUUGGCACAAUGCCCUGAAGGUGCUCCACAAGUUUCAGGAAACUGCUAGCUUGUGGUCAAAAAAUAUAACGAAACAUAUAAAAAUGCUAAUAACCUUUGAUAAUUUUAGCCUAUUGUUAUGACACUAGUCUUGAUAGAUUCCUUGGGUCAAGCCAAGUUUAACGAUACCACAUUUGUCAUGGUCGGCCAAACUUCUUGUCGGCCAUUAUUAAUUUACUUGAAAACCUAUUUUUUUUUUUUUUAAAUAAAAAAAUGUUUAACUCCUCCCAAAAUGAAAAUCAAAUUUUCACCAGAUUUUGCUCAGAUCAUCUUCAGACCAUGCUAAUCAAAAGUUUUUGUGAGCUUGCAGUCUAAACUAAAUGUAACAACACACACACACACACACACACACACACACACACACACACAAAAACAUGUACCACCAAAUAAUAGCAAAAAACACUUCUUUCUUGUUGUCAUUUUCACUCAUUCCACUAAAUUUACUCAAAUUAAAAAAAUUACUCUAUAGCAUCGCCUCUAUAGCAUUGCAGUAAUUCACUCUUACUUGAUUCAGUCUGAUAAAUCAUUCAACUAAAUUAAUGGAAUCACUCAGGGCUGUGUUAACCAAAAGCAUUUUUAGCCCAAGUUGCUCUUAAAGACCAUUGGUGCCUAUGGUACCUACAAUCAACUUACACUAACAAUGCUUUUGGGAAACACAGCCCAGAAUAGUUAAUAAAUGAACAUCUGACUCACUGCACUGCAUUUCUUUACUCUCAGUCAUCUCUGACUUAAAAAUAACAAAUGUUUUUUUUUUUUUUAUACUAUCCCCUUAACUGGCACUCCCCUUUGUUAGCAUUUACCAGAAAUUUACAUUUUUAAAUUUACUAUUGAAUGCUUGGGAAUAGAGACCUAAUUUUGGUAAAGUAAAAUAAGCUAUAAAACGCCAAAUUUCUUAGAAUUAUUGUAGACGCAGUACCAAAUGUGGCCACAAGAUGACAUUAAAGCUCCAUUGUUCCAAGAGUGACAUACUCAGAUUUAAAUGCUUGGGUCUACAGAUCUAUUUAUGGACUCUUUUUAAAGAAGACACUUUGGGAGAUUAUUGUGCAAGUGAAAUCAGUUAUUUAAGUUAAUUUAAAUAAAAAAUAAAAUAAAAUAUUGAAGUUUAAGUUUAUUUAAAUUAAAAUACAAUGCAAUGCACUUUAACUUUUAUUUUAUUAAAGUGGUCACAGGAUGAAAUCAGAACUCCAUUGGUGCAAGAGUGAAAAGUAAUUUCAGGCAUUUUUUGAAAAACUAAUUUCAGAAACACCACUCAAACUACAUGACACUACUAUUUUAUUGCAAAACAUUAUAUAAAAUUCAUUACAGAUUAUAAUUAUUAUAAUUAUAUUCAUAAUGCAUGGUUACAGUGUAAGUAUUGCUAGCAGUGGAAGCCAGUAAUUCACAUUUCUAACAAACAUCACAUUUUUCUGCCAUAAAUUGUAUAAUAGUUUGUUUACACCUCUAAAUAAAAUAAUAAAUGAUCCAAAGAGCCCAUUCAUUCACACUGAUCAGCGACUGUGCAUUUAGAUUUAGCCCUAUAGCUGUUAGGGGUGGGCAUUGUUGGCCAUUUUGUCUACUCGAGUACUCGAGGGGCAAUGACAUGUACUUGACUGUAUAUAUAAUAACAUGUCUGACAAAUGUCUUUGGCUGCUGAAUUGCAUCUUGUUGUUCCAAUGUAUCGUCUAUUCAUUUUUAUAGGCUGUUAUAAAAUAACCUGUUACAAAAUGUACAAAAGAUUGCAUAAUCAAAAUAUAAUGCAUCAUAUUUUGUCAUUAUGUGAAGGUACGCUGCCAAACUCGAAAGAAUGGGCACAACGCACGUCUGUCUGUUCUUCCUUCCGGUUACCGUGGUAAUUUUAGUAAGCGCGCACAUACUUUGGAGUACUUCUUCAGAACUGGUAGAUUUUUUUCAUUUGUUAUGACAAUAAAAACUCUGCCAGUACAGUAAGACAAAAUACACAUGUUAAAAAUACAUUAUCUGAAAAACCCAAAUAUCUUAUGCAGUGUUGUUUCUAAAACAAGAUAAAUCAAAUUUAUCUUGUUUUAAGGAUUUUUAGAUAUUUUUACAGGAAAACAAUGCAAAAUUAUUAUGAAGAAUAUGAUUUUUGCCCUAAUAUCAAAGGUCUUAAUAGAAAAAAAAAAAAAUUAUGAUCCAGCGUGGAUUUUCUUGAUAAAAAAAUAUUAUGGUGCAUGUAAAAUGGCAAGAAAUAGCAUUUUAGCUUAGCGUAAAGCUGACAAUUUACACAAGGUUUAUUCUAUUUCUUCUGCUCCAAACUUACUUCAAACUUCUCUGCCUGCUCGUAUGAAUGUAACACAUCAUAAGAAAGUGUUUCACCGCUGUUCAAAUGCACUUUGGAUCACAUCAUUUAUAUGUAUAAAUGUUUUCCAUCUGAA